GUAGCAACUGGUGGUUUAGCGAUGGGUGGUGUUGCGACAGGAGGUGUUGUGACUGGUGGAGUUGCAAUGGGCGGUGUUGCAAUAGGAGGAGUUGCCACAGGUGGUGUGGCAAUGGGUGGGGCAGCAGCUGGUGGUGUUGCCACAGGUGGAGUUGCAACUGGGGGUUUUGCGAUUGGUGGAGUUGCAACUGGUGGUUUUGCGAUAGGAGGUGUUGCAACCGGCGGAGUUGCUACAGGUGGUGUUGUGAUAGGUGGUGUUGGGAUAGGAGGUGUUGCAAUAGGCGGAGUUGCAACGGGUGGUGUUGCGACUGGUGGGGCUGCCACUGGUGGCGUUGCGACUGGCGGUGUUGGUGCACAUGGUGGAGGCUUAAGGGUAGGUGGUUUGGGAGUUGACGGAGGAGGCGUCGUGGUAGGAGGUUUAGGAGUCGAUGGCGGAGGCUUCAUCGGGGGUGGUUUUGGAGUGGACGGAGGUGGUUUUAUGGUGGGAGGUUUCGGUGGGGAGUGA